CAUGGCGAUCGGUACCUAAUCACCGUUCUUGUCGAUCAGAAAAUCAUAAUACCAACGUAAUAUUGCCUUGAAGAUAAAGUAGUUAAAUUAUUUGACUUGUAAUUCACAUUCGAGUCGAGGCUUGGGUGGCACAGGCUAUUUCUUAAGGUUGAAUCGACGAGGGGAAUUCGAACACUAGUUGUAGUGUUUGAAUUGUUGGAAGAAAUGGUCGCGUGGGGAUGUAGGAAUGAUCUCGCUGCUUGAUUUAUAUCUACGCUUCAUGUAGACAAGUCCCUCAAAAUGGCGACCAAACUUGGAGAUUGCCGAAAAUUAGAGAUAAAAGGAAGUAAGCUUCUUGGGAGGGUUAUCAAGGAGACAGAAGAGGAAUCAGAAGAUGCUUGCCAGCUGCAAUGUGUAGAUAAAAGCCGUUGCCUGUCUUACAAUUUUGGACCGGCAGAAGACGAGAGAAGAUUCAAAUGUCAACUAAGCGACUCUGAUCGAUUUGCUGCAAUGGAAAAUUUCACUCAAGAUGACAAGUUUUCCUACAGGGGAAUACAGAGUUCUUGUGAGAUGAGCGAUUCCAUCUGCGGCGAAAAAGGAAUCUGUAUUCCCAACUAUCAAGAUGGCAGCGUAAGAUGCAAGUGUAAAGAUGGCUACAUAGGACCAACUUGCGCUAUAGAGCCAAACAGCUGCGCUGAACUGCUUCGACACGGUUAUGAUUCCAGUGGCGUAUACACCAUCAAUCCAGGUGGCGGAAAACCAGUGCAAGUGUUGUGUGACAUGAAUACAGAUGGUGGAGGUUGGACCGUUUUUCAGAAACGUGUAGACGGCUCUGUAGAUUUUUUUCUAGGAUGGGAAUCUUGCAAAUACGGCUUUGGAAAUCCUAAUAGCGAGUUCUGGCUUGGAAACGAUAAUCUUCAUCAUUUGACAGACUCUGAUGACGUCAUGCUGAGAGUUGAGCUGGAAGACUUUGAAGGCAACAUCACCUACGCUGAGUACACUACUUUUAAGGUGGCAGACGAGGCUAAUAAGUACAGGCUUUUGAUUGAAGGAUACUCUGGCACGGCAGGUGACUCCAUGCUUGGGCACCAAUCUCUAAGUGGAAUGCGGUUUUCGACCAAAGAUAAGGAAAACGAAAAAAGUCCCGAAUAUCAGUGUGCUUUGAAGUUCAAAGAUGCGUGGUGGUACAGUCGUUGCCAUGAUUCCAAUCUCAACGGCAUCUACUAUGGUGGACCACAUACCAAAACAUACGCCGAUGGAGUUUGCAGGAGACAAUUCAGAGGACUUCAGUACUCACUUAAACGCACGGAGAUGAAGCUUCGACCACGUAUUAUGAAAAAAUAAUUGUGACCUUUUCCUUUGUAAUGGUACAUUAACUUUGUGAGAAAAUGAACGAACAUAGUAUGAGUAGUGUAACGUUUUAAGGCAGAACUUUUAUUAUUUCAUCUUUUUAAUGAGAUGUUUAGUGAAGUAACUAUUACAUCGAUAACAUACAUUGCUCAUCGAUGUUUAACACACGGAUUCUAACUUGAAGAUGAAGCUUGUCGCCUCAAAAUGUCGAAUUGUAAUUAACAUACUUGUCACGAGGCCAAAGAUCGAAGGAAUACACUGUGUUGAUCACGGCCGACUACCAGCAAUUUCUGAUGCCACUAGCUUGUAUAAUCGAAUAUGAUGCACAAUAAAGUGUCAA